CCAAAACUACAGUCACUCUCGAUGAGUGAAGACCAUAGACCAGAUAUCGAUCCUCCUCCAGGAACCUCCAGAUCUAGCCAGGCAAAUGUUGACCAAUCUCGUGGGGGAUUGUGUCAGUCCCUGCGGAAAUUGAAGAAUGGGUUAAAAUUCCUGUGCAAACGCUCUAAGCGAACACGCAACCGCACCACUGCGGUCCAGAACGUCGAAACUGAACGGGCUUCAUCUAAUCAGAAAGUUGAGGACACGCUGCAUCUUCAUCCUUCCAACGACAACAAGCAUCCCACCACAUCUGAGAUUCUCAGUGACUCCGUGAACCAAGGGUUGUCUGGUGAACCUGCUUCACAGGUUCAGGCCGCUCCUUCUGACAGGGACAAAGGACCUGAUCCCCAAUUAGUUGACGCUGAACUUCAGGGUGCAUAUGAUGGUACACAAAACAUGAAAUUACUCGGAAAACAUGCGACUUCUAUGGCAUCCGCUGCCGACAAUGCCCCAGCGGGUCUUGCUGCUGUGGAUGAUUUUGAGACGACGUAUCUAUUCCGCGAAAGAUUAUCGACGAUGGCGCUGGGUGUGCUGUCCGCUGCAUCUAAAGUAUGUUUGGUUUCUCCCAGAGUCCAGUCUCCUGCUAGAAGUCAUAAUGUCUUAUAAAUUAUAGUCGCUCAAGCAGAGC